CUCCCUCCUUUCUCCCCCUCUGCCUUCUCUCCUACUCUUUGAGGACAGCAGGAUGGAGGACAGCAUAUUGACUGUGUGUCUUGUUGUCAUUUCUUUGGCUUUAGGAUGGACUGAAGGGCAGAGUCAAGCUAACAGCACAGAUUUAAGGCCCAUGUUCCCCUGCGGAGGUCACCUUGUCACAGACUCUGGCAUCGUGGCCAGUGAAGAGUUCCCCAAUUACUACAAACCCAAUAGUAAAUGCACCUGGUACAUUACUGUUCCAGAGAGUCAUGUGGUCAUGCUGUCUUUCCGCCUCUUCGACAUGGAGGCUGACCCCACCUGCCGCUACGACUACCUGGACGUCUACAACGGUCACUCGCGCCUGGUGCAGAAGUUGGGCCGUUUCUGUGGGACAUUCAGGCCAGGCGCCCUUAUCUCCACUUCCAACACCAUGAUGCUGGAGAUGGUGUCUGAUGACGCCACUGGAGGGAGGGGAUUUCUUGCUUCUUUCAAUGCAGGGAAGCCACAUAUGGAAGAGGACCAGUUUUGUGGAGGCCGUCUGACCAAACCACAGGGCUCUGUAAAGACGCCCAACUGGCCCAACUCGAAUUACCCAGCAGGUAUCAGCUGCUCCUGGCACAUCACCGUAGAGCCGAGCAAUGUGAUUGAAGUGAAGUUUGAGAAGCUGGAUUUGGAACCUGAUAUGUACUGUCGCUAUGACUACGUGGCAUUUUUUAACGGCGGAGAGAACGAUGACUCCAGGAGGAUUGGGAAAUUCUGUGGAGAUAGCUCACCAGGAAAUAUAGUGACAAAUGGCAACGAGCUCCUCGUCCAGUUUGUGUCGGAUCUCAGCGUGACCUCAGAUGGGUUCAUGGCCCACUACUCCAGUGUGCCCCGUGAGUCCCGUACACCCACAGCCGGAGGUGACUUCAUCCACAGACCUCAGCCUACUUCCAGGCCGCAAAAACCAACAAAGCCAAGGAAACCCAUCAAACCAACACCUAAACCGACUACCACACCAGCUCUGAAACCAACUCCUAAACCAUCUUUAAAACCAAAACUUAAACCAGCUAAAAAACCAUCUUUAAAACCAAUUAAACCCACUUUCAAACCCUUGCUGAGACCAACACGUAAACCAACCACUAAACCUUUCAAACCAAACAUUGAACUUAUCUCUAAACCAACUCCUCAACCACCCCUUAAACUGAGACCUGGGAUUCGUUCUAAAUCAACCACUAAACCACUGCUGGUAAAGAAACCUCCACUUCGCAGACCUACUCCCAAGCCUCCGGUAAAGCCCACCUCUAAACCCAAACCAGCAAAACCCACACCCAAGUUGCCGGUAAGAAAACCCACAGCUAAACCUGGAGCUAAACCUAGACUCAAAGUAAUUAAGCCAACACUCAAACCAAGAAUCCUGGUCAAACCCUCGCGGAAACCUUGGGUGAAACCUAAGCCCACCAUGAAACCCCGAGUCAAAACUGUCAAGCCGACCCCAAAGAGUGGAUUCAAACCAACAAUGAUACCUAAGAUUAAACCCAAACCAACACCUAAACCAGGACUGAGCAGGACCGUGACCAAAAAGCCCGUUGUCAACCAGAUAUCAGCUUUACCUCUCAACCCACUGUGUACACAACCCUGUGCGAGGACAGGAACUCUCCAGUCCAACUUCUGCCCGCAUGACUUUGUGAUUACAGGAAAGGUGACCUCUCUGAAUCCUGGUCCAAACAGCUCAGCAACUUUGGAGGUGUCCGUGAUCAAAGUCUAUAAGAUGGGGCGCCUCAAAAUCAACAGAUCAGGACCCAUCAAGUCGGUCACGCUGACCUCCGCCUGCAAGAAAUGCCCUGGCAUUAUCAAAGGUCGGAACUAUGUACUGAUGGGUAAAGUCGAUGCCCUGGGUAACGGCGAGCUGAGCCCGUCCACCUUCGCCCUGAUUUACCAGCCCGCACACGCCAAAACGCUGGAAAGCCUUUCCCGCAAACCAUGCUGAUGUCACAGCCUCAUCCACCAAUCAGAUCCACAGCAGAGAAACAAAAAGGUUUUGGAAAAGUUUUAAUAAGAUCCUACAAGAUUUUAACAUAUUACUAACAUGAAAAGCUGUCACAUUUUAAAUAUUCACUAUUGAGUAUCUCAUUUUGUAUUUUGUAUGUAAAUUAUGUAUGAAUGAAAAAGUAUUGCUUUGUUAAGGGAUGCAAAAUAAACACAGUUGUUGGAAUA